CCUCUUUUGUUUACAAUGUUUUUUUUCUUUCAGCCGGAGAUGAUAAGAAGCGCGGGUUAUCCCGCGGAGGCUCAUGUUAUAAUGACGGAGGAUGGGUAUCUCUUGACGUUACAUCGUAUUCCAGGUGGCAACAAUUCUCUACCUGUGCUGCUGCAACACGGUCUUUUAAGCAACUCCGCUCAAUGGAUUAUUCUUGGCAAAGACAAAGCAUUCCCUUACCUAUUAGCGGAUCAAGGAUACGAUGUUUGGUUAGGCAAUUUUCGUGGUAAUAUUUAUUCGAAAGCGCAUAUUUCUUUAUCUCCGUCGGACUCGACAUUUUGGGAUUUCAGUUUCAACGAAAUGGGCAUCUACGAUUUACCCGCGAUGAUUAAAUUUAUUACAAAUAUGAAAUCGCAACCGUUGCAUACGUAUAUCGGUCAUUCGAUGGGUACAACAACUUUUUACAUAAUGGCAUCAGAGCGUCCAGAAAUCGCUCAAAUGGUGCAAAUGAUGAUCAGCUUGGCACCAGCGGUCUUCGUAAAUCAUAUGCAAAGUCCGAUACAAUACUUGGUCCCUUUCAGGAGGGAGCUAAAGGUAAAGUAAAAAAUAUACUAGAGAUACUG